UCGGCACAAGCCACACCACCGCUAGAAAGAUAGUGUCAUCUCUACUCUGCGGCCGCAUUUUUACUUGGUUUUCGCGUUUUUAGCAAAUUACAAAUUAACACAAAAUGUCGAAGGCCCAUCCUCCAGAGCUGAAAAAGUACAUGGACAAGCGCAUGAUGCUGAAACUGAACGGUGGACGCGCCGUCACCGGCAUUUUGCGGGGCUUCGAUCCCUUCAUGAAUGUGGUCCUGGACGACACGGUGGAGGAGUGCAAGGACAACACGAAGAACAACAUCGGAAUGGUGGUAAUCCGCGGCAACAGCAUCGUCAUGGUGGAGGCUCUGGACAGGGUCUAGCACCCGCCUCGGAUCGAAAUACCCUCAAGCACCCCAAUCGUUAGCCGUAGUGUCUAGUCUUAAGGCUCAGAAACAUUCAUGCGCUUGUACACCGUCAGAAAAACACAAGAAUUCUUAAAUAAAUUAUACCCUACAAAGCCAAUAAA